CUGAGCGAGAGGCGAUCCGAUGCGCUUCUCGAUUCCCUCAGAGUGUCUGUUUGCGACAGAGUUGUGUUAGCAGUUGAGAUGUGUAGGUGUGCUGUGUUGUUUUCUUAAGCUAUGAUGGAAUUGUCAAGGAAUGUAGAAAAGGAAACUCUCGUUCCAGUAAUAAGCGUGGAGUCUGGCACCACUUCCGGAGGUGAAUGUAGUGACGUGAGCGGCUGCAACACUCCCCGAACAGAGCGCAGCGGGAGUGUGCGCAAGUCGUCGUUGGCCGUCCUUCUGCCUCGCCUCCCUGGUCUUCAUGGCUCCUCGGAGUCCCUCUACCACAGCCCCCAGUCCUCUCCAGGGAAAUCCUUGCUAAAUAGCAAGAACAAUAGGAGUCCUAGGAAUGACUCCUGUGAUUCUCCACUUGCCACUCUUUGUACAGAAACUACACCCCUAACAUUCACCUUCUGCCACCUGCCCUGUUAUGAUGGUGUCACAGAUUCGUCCACUUUGCGUAUGCCAGAUGGCCCACAUCAAGGGGGCUCCUCUUCCCUUUCCCGAAAGGAGUCGUACAAGGACCAAAGAAAAAAGUACAGAAAAGAGAAAAAGCGUGUGGCACGAGAACUCCUCAGUACCCUCAAGGAUCCAGCGGUUGUAGUACUGGCAGAUUGGCUUAAAGUACGAGGAACAUUAAAAGGGUGGACUAAACUAUGGUGUGUCUUGAAACCAGGAAUGUUGCUUCUUUACAAGAGUGCCAAAGUCAAGAAUAGUCAUUGGGUUGGUACAGUACUACUGAAUACUUGUGAGUUGAUAGAGAGACCUUCAAAAAAGGAUGGUUUUUGCUUUAAACUCUUUCACCCACUUGAGCAAUCCAUUUGGGCUACUAAGGGACCUGAAGGAGAAACUAUUGGGGCUGUUGUGCAACCACUUCCUUCCUCUCACUUGAUCUUCCGGGCUCCAUCCCAGGCUGCUGGGAAGUGUUGGAUGGAUGCUUUAGAAUUAGCAGUUCGCUGUUCAUCAAUCCUCAUCAGGUCAAUGACAACAUCCAGUAAAAGUGAUGCUAACAAUUCAAUUGAUUCUACAACAUUAGCAGCAGAUAAAUGGAAUGAGUCUGACUAUGAGAAACAUUUCAAGGACCAAGACAUAUCAGAUGAUUCCAGUACAGGUGCUAGCCCAGAUAAUAGUCCUGUGGCGUCGCCUCAGUCUGUAUGGCGAGAUUGUGUUUUACAAUAUCCAGCAUCAAGUGUUGAGGCUACGCCUACUCAUAGACCCAUGGUAAAAGGAGGAGCAGGAGUUGGCAAUUGUGACCUCUCUCCCACACCAUAUUAUCGCAAAUUAGCAGCUGCUAUUCACAUGGCAGAUCAAGAACUUAGAGGGCAAAGUACCUCAAAGAGAAUGUCCCUCAAUCCAGAGGAUGCAUAUUUUGCAGAUCAUUCACAAACCCAGACUCCUGAGAUUAAUGAAAAUCAGAAGAAAGUGUACACUUACCAACUGAGUCCAAAAGUUCCAGAAAAACGACUAAAAAUUGUCAAAAAUGAUUUGGAUGAUGCUAGCCACACAGAUGAAAAUGAGCAUCAGCGAGAAUCAGGUCAUUUUUCUGGAGCAGAACCGUUGUCAGGAACAGAGUCAGAAUCAGAGGAGGGAUCACAUAAAGGAGAGAAGAGAGAUGAUGAGGAGGAGGAGGAAGAUAUUGAAGAUGAUGUAACUCCAACAGAAUCCUCCUAUGUUCCAAAUUUUGAAGGAGAAAUGGGGGAGGCUGCUAGAGAAAGAAAAGCAAAAUGUGAUGAGUGGAUCCCAAAACAUUUUAGCCAGGAUCCAGUGACUGGAGUAUAUGUCUACAAGCACUCAGACUUGCGGCCUUGGGACCCCAGGACAGAUCUCUUCCAGUAUGAGUAUAAUUAUCUUAUAUCCACAAAAACAAGACACAAAGCUCCAAUGAUAAGAACAGCAUCAAUUGUCAGUGUUGAUCCAAAAUGUGAGGUUGUUAGAGUAGGUGGCGUAGAAGGAGUUCAACGCUUGCGUAAUGUAUUGGAGCGAGCUGCAGCUGAGGAAACCAGUUCAGGUGAUCACGAUGACCUUCAAGAUGCACCUGAUCACAUUACUCCUAUAAUUCCAGCUCCUGUAGUUCCAAAGAGAACUGCUCACUCUCUCUCUCCAAGUGUGACUGAUGCACUCAACAAAUUAUCAACCAAUCAAGAAACUGUAUUAUCAGAACUUAAAAGUUUGCGACUUGACAUCGAUGGUUUAACUCGGAGGAUGUCUGCCCUUGGCAGUGCAAAGCAUCAGUCUGGUUCUCAGGAUAGCAGCUCAGCUCUUUCUACCCAAUCAUGGGCAUCCAUCCUUGUGGCUCUAAUAUUUUACUCACUGAUUCAGUGGCUGGUUGAAAAGAUACGUUCAUAGCCACAGAUUUAAAGAUUACAGUAUUGUUUACACACAUACAUAUUGUUAUAGUUUUCUGUAUGUGGGUUAGUUGUACAUCAUAAGGUUAUUCGAUAUUUAAUAAAUGUUGCCAAAUGUACAGGAUGGGAAAGUGAAAAGCAACAUUCCCUAAGGAACAGACCCACUAGAAUAUUCUCAAUAGCUCUCCAACUUGUAUAGUAUAUGUUCUUUUAUAGGAUGCCAUUUGUUAUCAUCAUUAUUACUACUUGUGUCAGUAUAUAUCUUGGAGUACUUUUCAGUUGUCUAUGAAAGCUUAGCUUUAUGUUUGUUAAAAGUGUUAAACAUUCCAGUCACUGUUAAGAAGUUUUUACCAUUACCAUGUCCAUUAUGUAAGUUAAACAUUGAAUAACUCCGUGAUCAGUCUGCACAUGUUAGAUUGAAUGAACAUGAAAAACAUCCUUUGUCAGGUUAGACUUCAUGGAAUUUGGAAACCUUGGGUAUGUAAUUUAACUUGUAACCAGCAUCUUGCAGUCAUCCACAGAUAGUGGUGAGAAAGUUUUUAAAUGAAUAGGUAAAUCUUUGAAAAUUUCUGCAUUAAAGCUGUUAUAGUACUCGAGCUUUAGGUAGUUUAACAGUUAAAUAUAGAUCUUGUAGAUUUGGAAGUAUUGUACGUACCCAAGUUUGUUAUAGAGGGUGAAAUGUUGUAUCCAUUUUGUUUUAAAAGUGGGUUCAAGGCUAUAGUUAUACCCAUUGGGCUUGUCUAUGCUAUGAUAAGGUUUUGUCCUGAAUACAUUUACCAUUAAGGCCAAAUAAUAAAGCCAUAAAAUAAUUGGAUGUUGAAAAAUAUUUAUAAUUAAUAAGUAAUUUAGGUAAAGAGAAUGGUGCCUGAUUGUUGUGUUUACAUGAAGAUAUUUAAGUUAACCUUCAAAUUGUGUACAUUGUUACACACACACUCAGAUAUGGUGAAUGAUGUACAGUAAUAAAUGGUAACUGUUAUAUUCUUUAAACAGCCCAUUUUAUAUAUACUUAUAAGAAUAAACUGAACAAUUAACAAAGGACAUCAUACUUUGAUGAGAUGUUACUAGGAAAUCUAGCAUGUUCAGGAUGAUCCUCAUAUGAAUCUCAGAAUUCAUGAAGAAACCAGUGUACUCAUGGUCAUAAUCAUUAUACCAUCAUCAUCAUUGUGCCAAGAGCCUGUUAGGUUCUUCUGUAAUCCUUCCACAUUCCUUUAUUUUGUAGUUUUUAACCUUGUUAUCCAAGCUGAGAUAUUUAGUUUUUUACCUGAAUACUAAUAAGCAGUACAUAUAGUAAAUGUGAAGUAUUUGACUGGCUGUCUUAUAAGUUCAUACCACAUGGAAUUUUUUGAUACCGCAUGGGGAAUAUCUUGCAUUAUCUUUGUAUUUUAGGAAAUUGAUUUUUUUUAUUAGAUUUCAAGGUUUUCAUGAUUGUUAAAGUUUUCUAGUACACUGUCCAUUUCAUACAUAUGUGCACUAAUUAUAACUUAGUUUAUUGUUUGUUCUUCAAAGGUGUUUCCUUAUCGAUAUCAUAUUCUAUUUUCAUUAUUAAGGGGAAAGAUGGAAAGCCUUGGUAAAGACCUUUCAUUAAAUUAGUUGAAUAUUCAGGUCAAGUUUUGUCUUUGAGCAAAAUUUAGUGGCCAAAUAAGAUUCAGAUUACUAAGGUAGAUUCAAGAGUACCAUUAGAAAUGGCAUCUUUAACCUUUUUUAAAAAAAUAUUCAAAACAAUUGGUUAUGUUCUGUCAGUUAUGAUGCAUUGGAGAAAUUGUACUUGUAAAUACUUGACUUUCUUUCUUGGAAUAAAUUAUUGCUUUCUUGGAUCUUAAAUUAUAAAUGUGGGGGUGGGAGUGUUUGAAACACAAAUAGAACAUUGCUCAAUGCCUCUAGAAUUGAACAGUUAUAGUUGUAUCCAUCUUCAUUUUAGACAAAAUUAACUGAUAUGAAACACAAUUGUGUGGGUUUAUAGUGAUUUAGAUAAAAAUUAUAGUGGAUGAAAUUCAUAAUGGGCUAGAAAAGUUAAUUUUAUAAGCCAGUAAUGGUUUUUAAUAGGUUGAUAUUGCCAAUUUUUUUAACUUUUCUUAUUAUUGUAUUUGCUUAUAAUUUAAUAAUGAAGUAGCAUUGUGUGUUUUUUAGUUGAGAAUAUUAAAGGUUGUUUACAACUUU